AUGCACGGAGAAAUCCCAUUUGCGAGUUGUCGGGCAGAGGAUGCGAGUGCUGGUGAUGAUUUGGCUGGAGGCAUCAGCGGGACUAGUCGGCCCGCCAAGUCCGGAAAGAAGACUGCUCCCCUUCCUUACCCCCAGGGUAAGGCUGGUGCUAGCAAGAAGGGCCCCAAGAACCCUCUGAUCGAGAAGCGCCCCCGCAACUUUGGCAUUGGCCAGGACAUCCAGCCCAAGCGCAACCUCGGCCGCUUCGUUAAGUGGCCCGAGUACGUCCGCCUUCAGCGCCAGAAGAAGAUCCUCAACCUCCGCCUGAAGGUUCCCCCCUCGAUUGCCCAGUUCCAGAACACCCUGGACCGCAACACCGCCGCCCAGACCUUCAAGCUCCUCAACAAGUACCGUCCUGAGACCAAGGCCGAGAAGAAGGAGCGUCUCCACGCCGAGGCCACCGCCGUUGCCGAGGGCAAGAAGAAGGAGGACGUCUCCAAGAAGCCCUACCACGUCAAGUACGGUCUCAACCACGUCGUCGGUCUGGUCGAGAACAAGAAGGCUUCUCUCGUCCUGAUCGCCCACGACGUUGACCCCAUUGAGCUGGUUGUCUUCCUUCCCGCUCUCUGCCGCAAGAUGGGUGUCCCUUACGCCAUUGUCAAGGGCAAGGCUCGUCUGGGUACCGUUGUCCACAAGAAGACCGCUGCUGUCCUCGCCCUCACCGAGGUCCGCUCCGAGGACAAGGCCGAGUUCACCAAGCUCCUCUCCGCUAUCAAGGAGGGCUACACCGACAAGUACGAGGAUGCCCGCCGCCACUGGGGUGGUGGUAUCAUGGGUGCCAAGGCUGUCGCCCGCCAGGAGAAGAAGCGCAAGGCCGUCGAGGGUGCCAUCAAGAUCUAA